AUGGAUGUUCAUGAAUCAGAUCGCUCAUCAAAUAACCCAAGACCACCAUCAGAUCUUAAGGAGUCUCAUAUUAGGUCACAAUCACCUACAUUAACACGUAUUCCUUCUUCAAACUCAACUGAAACAUCUGCAGUGUCAUCAUCUACUCCACAUAGAUCUGUAUCAUCAGAAAAGAGGCGACAUGCAACACUGCCAUCACCAUGGGGACUGCCCACUGCUGCAGUCCAUGGUGUGGGAGCUGUGGCUAGAAAGGUGAUUAGCAAUAGGCUCACAGAGUCUUUAUGGCCUUCAAGAAGGAGCAGUUCAAGUUCUCAUCUUCAAUCUGAUGCAUCAUCUAUACCCAAUGCUAAACGAGAUAAUUUUUCUAAUGAGUCCCUUUCUGAUCACACCUCUAAGACAUCCUUGAAUGUUGCAAAUGAAAAAACUGCAAAGUUGCCUGUAUCAAGUAAGCCUACACCUGAGAGGGAGAAGACUCAUCUCAAAGGAAAAAAAUCAAAACCUCUAGGUGGCUCACAUGUUAGACCAAUUAAUCAGCAUCGUCGGCCUAGGAAAACAAAUCCUAAUGUUAUUGAUCAGUCAGAAAAUUUGAAACCUUCAGAUGGCUCAGAUGUUAGCACAAUAAAUUCUAAUGUUAUUGAUCAGUCAGAGAAUGCAAAAUGUCCAGAUGGAUCAGAUGUUAACAAAAUAGGUUCUAAUGUUAUUGAUGAGUCAGAGAAUUCAAAACCUCCAGAUGGCUCUGAUGUUAACACAAAAAAUUCUAAUGUUAUUGAUGAGUCAGAGAAUUCAAAACCUCCUGAUGGCUCCGAUGUUAACACAACGGCUUCUAAUGUUAUUGAUGAGUCAGAGAAUUUGAAACCUUCAGAUGGCUCACAUGUCAGCACAGCAGGUUCUAAUGUUAUUGAUCAACCAGAGAAUUCAAAAAUUUUAGAUGACCCACAUGUUAGAUCAGUUAAUCAAAAUCGAUGGCCCAGUGCAAUAGAUUCUAAUGUUAUUGGUCGGUCAGUAAAUUCAAAACCUCCAGAUAGUUCACAUGUUAGACUAGUUAACCAGCAUCGAUGGUCUGAAACAAUACGUUCUAAUGUUAGUGAUCAGUCAGAAAAUUCGAAAGCUCCAGAUGGUUCUCAUGGUAGACUAGUUAAUCAGCAUCGGUGGCCUGGCACAAUAGGUUCUAAUGUUUUAAAUAGAAACAUUAAUCCUUCUAAUGAAGUUGUGAAAACUUGUUUCACACCUGAUACAGGUGUUAACCUCAAGAAAAUGUUACCCAAUUAUGCUAAUAAGCCCAUACAAGAAUCUUCAAGUGAUGCUAUGAAUCUAUUAUCAUCAUCACUUGUUGAUGAUGGUAGAAUAUCCAAUCUUGUUUCAAGUUCAUCACAACCAUCUUCACCAAGGAAGUCAUAUAGUUUAGCUUCAAGAAGUGUUAGUUCAUCACGUACAAGGGUCAACCCUUCACCUGCUUCUAGAGGGGCUAGUCUUGCCCCCUCCAAAGGCGUCAACUAUUCCCCUAUUGUUAGAGGAGUCAGCCUUACCCCUGCCACCAGAGAGGUCAGUCUUACCCGCACCUCCAGAGGGGUCAGUCUUACCCCCACAACUAGAAGGGUCAAUCCUUCCCCUACUAUCCAGGAGGUGGAUCCACUCCUUCCCUCUAAAGAGACCGACCUUUCCCUUGCCACUAGAGAGGUCAACCCUUCUCUCAUUACAAGAGGAGGCAGUCCUUUUCCCGCCACCAGGGGGGUUACUCCUUCCCUAGCUACAAGAGAGGUCAGUCUUACCCCCACCAUUAAAGGAACCAGCCUUACACCUCCUGAAAGAGGGGUCAGUCCUACCCCCAACGCAAAAUCAGUCAGCCCUCCACCUGAAAACAAUACUCCCAUAACGCCAUCUAGUCCAAGACAAUCCUACAAUUCAAAUACAGUUUCUAAUUCCAUGGGAAUUGGCCCUUAUCCCAUUAAAGAGAUCAGUCUUGCACCCACGAGAGGGGUCAGUCCUACUCCUUUGAAAGAGAUGAGCCAUUCCCUUUCUACUAGGGGGGUCAGCCCUAGCCCCUCCGGUAGAGGAGUCAAUACUACUUCCACAAGGCCAUCUAGUCCACAUCAGUCAUCUGGUUCAAGACUAUUCUUCAGUUCAAGUAUCCUUUCUAUGUUCACGAAAUAUGCUGACAGGCAAAAGGAAAAGAAUAAAGAAGAUGCCCGACGUUUAGAUCUACUUCGCAAUAUACAAGUGCAGUGGCAAUUCGUUAAUGCGAGUGCAGAAGCUGUGUUGGAUCUUCAAAGGGUAACUGCUGAGAAUUCUUUAUUCGAUAUGUGGAGAACUAUCUUAGAACUAUGGGAUUCUGUAGCUGCAAUGAAAAUGGAUAUCAACCAGUUGAUACUGCAGCUAAAGCUCUAUGCUAUUUUAUUCCGACAAAUGGCCUAUAUUGAUGAGUGGGGGUUGAUUCAAAGGGAGUACGAAUCUGCUUUAUCUGUUACCACUACAGAUCUAUAUGCGAGAACUCUUCGACUUCCUACUACUGAAGGGGUACAGGUAGAUGUUAAAGCUUUGAAGUUGGCUGUUUCAUCAGUUGUCCAAUUAAUGCAGACAGCAACGUCCUCUAUAGAGUCUACACUAUCAAAGUUGGACGGAACACAUAUCCUGGCCUCAGAACUUGCCAAGAUAGUAUCACACGAAAGAUUUCUUCUUGAUGAAUGUGAAAUAUUUUUGGCUUCUGCAGCUCCUUUACAGAUAGAGGAAUGCAGCCUUAGGAGCCAACUCAUACAGUCAAAGCGCGAAUAACUAGUUACUUUCAGAGGUAAACAAUUCCUCCUUGACUUCAUCUAAACCAAACCAAACGGACCUAAUAUAUCAACUCAUAAGUAGGGUCAGGGAGGUGGGAUGUACAUAAACCUGCCCUCUACCUUAAAGAGUAAAACAGUUGUUUCAUUGAUCCUAUGUUAGUUGUAUUUAGUCUAGUUGGGUUUGCCUGGCUGGUUAGAACUUGUUUAAUUAUUUGUUCAUUGCACCCUCCCAAGUGUGGUUUAGAGAUUAAAAAAAAUAGAAACAAAAUUACCAACUUAUUUUUGUUUUAUUUCUUGAGCAAAAUACAUAGAUACACCUUGUAUAUCACUAAUUUUUCAUAU